AUGGGUAGCGAAAGGGUCAAACGACGGGAAGGAAAACCCUCAGACAAUAAGCGUCACAGUGAAACCCAAAGCCCCAAAGAGUGGGGACAGUACGAAGAGCAUGACGUUUACAAGGGAGCGUUUCAUAAAUUCUUCGACCGAGAUACACACACGCACGGGGGUAAAAAAAAAGUUGACCAUAGCAAUAGCAGUCUACCUGUCAUCAAAAAUCAUGGAUGGCGAAUCGAACGCGAAUAUGAACCGCCUGUGAAUUACACCAGAGGAAGUUCGAAAACCGUUGGGCGGAAGAUUGUUUUGGGAAUUUCAAUGGCUCCGCCUAAGGGGUCGGCCGUCAUCCGCUUUUCAUACAGCAAUUUUCUUUCGUUGCCGGUCGAAGCCACAGCCGAAACUUUAUCCAUCAUGCGAAAAUCGUCCCUGAGCCAGGCCGCAGUGUUUAUGCCGCAUUGCGCAUUCCUUCAUCGCAGGAUCAUGAACGAAAAAGGCCGAUAUUGA